AUGUCUGAUUCCUUCUCUCCCUCCACCGAAUUCCAGCCGUGCUACAAGUACAUUGGUGCGCUCAUAUUCCUACUAAUGUACAACUGUGGUGUGCUACCAAUGUUCCUGUACUACUCCUACAGAUUUUAUAAGAUAUAUAAGACGCAGUCCAAAUGAAUCCUGAUGUUUUUGAUCACUAUUAACUUAUGAGUCAUCUUCAGGAUCGCCCAAGUGCUUAACCAGAUCAGGUUUAAUGUACAACAAAUUUAUGAAGGAGAUCAUUGAAGUAAUUUCACCCAACCAAUCUGAACAGGAGGAAUUCUGAGUUACUUACCCUUGAUAUUUCUGAUCUGAGCCAUCAUUUUCAGUAUUUUUAAUUGGGUCUAUCAGAGUCAGGCAAUUAAUGAAUAUCUCCAUGGGACUUCUACCUGAGUGAAGAGAUUAACUUUCUUGUCGCUGGUGUUCUCAAUCUGUAUAAUAAUUUGCUUCUUCAUUGGAGUGGUAACUACCUCAUGCUUCAUCUUCAAGAAACAAAAUGCAGAAGGGGAUAAUUUUAAUCAUGAAAUAAUCAAAGCUUAUGAAAUAUUUUACCUAUUCGUGACAGCAGGAUUCUUUAUUGUUUCUACUGUAUAUAUCAUAGUUGGAAGAUGCUACUAUGUCAGCUUAAGGAGAUUUUCAGGUGUCAAAGCCAAAGAGAUGAAGAACAGAGUCCUCUACAGUGUGCUUUUUAUUUCAAUCCCUCUUUAUCUCAGAGGAAUUGAGAAUAUUUUUCGGAAAUAUGUACUAAAAUGGAAAUUUGUGUCGAAAUCUUUAGAAAUAAACGACUUCAGAUAUCCAAUAUUCAUAAUUCUAUUUAAUAUUUUGACGGAUUUGCUUCCAAUUAUUGCUAUGAUGAUUGGUCUUAAAAUAGUGAUAAAUCACUACUAUCAGAACAUGAUUUUGGAGGCCUUUAAGCCUUCUACGAACAGAACUCUAUCCAGAAGUACACUCAGGAAAAAUCCCUCUUACACAAGCAGAGGAGGCUCAGAGGACUCAGUAUCUCCAGUGACGCCUGGGAAUCCUGACAUAUCGUACAACUCUUUUAGACCAUAUGGGUUUGAGGAUUUUAACUCUAGCAAAGAUGUUGGGGCUGAAAAUAGACUCUACCACAAAUUCAUAGAUGACUCUUCCCCCAAUGAUACAGUGUUCUCUUCUUGAAGAUAUAAAUAAGUUCUAAAUCACAUUCUUGCACCAAGCUUAAUCUCAAAUAUUAAUGUUGGGUCUUAAAAUAUUGGAUUAUCAAUGAUGAAAGGUGAGUUGAG